AUGCCUCGUCGAGAUGUUGAAUUUGAAUCCUCUGACCACCUCACCCUCCGAGGUUGGCCAUUUUCCCCCUUCUCCUUUAGCGGAAAAUUGCCAUGUCUGGUCAUGGCGCAUGGAUUUGGAGCCCAUAAAGAAAUGGGCCUAGGUAAAUUCGCGGAGUACUUCUCAUCAAACCUACCUAUCGUCAUCCUAGCCUACGACAAUCGCUGCAUCGGCGCCAGCGAUGGCGAACCAAGAUGUGAAAUCAUUCCUUCUUUGCAAAUUAAUGACUAUUCGGACGCUAUCACGUUUGCGCAAUCUCUACCAGAAGUCAACCCUGACAAAAUUGCCAUUUGGGGCAGUUCAUAUAGCGGAGGUCAUGUCCUCACCGUUGGCGCCAUUGAUCGUCGAGUUAAGGCGGUUAUCAGUCAAGUGCCCUUAGUCAAUCGCCAUGCUCGUGCCAAUGGAAAGGAGCCGGCUCGGGUGCCUGUUGUGGACAAGGAUCCUCACGCCUUCUCUGUCCUUCCUUCAGAAGAUAGCUAUAUCGGAUACAGCGCAGCCAUACCAGCAGGAUGGAAGAAUGACGUGACGCUGAAGAGCCUUGAGGCAUUCCGGGCAUACGAACCUGUAGCCUUCAUCGGCCGUAUCUCCCCUACUCCAUUGUUGAUGGUCGUGGCAGAUGCAGAUGUUGUCACGACUACUGACCUUGCUCUUGAUGCGUUUGCGCAGGCCAAGGAGCCGAAACAAUUGCAUUUGCUCCCAGGAGGGCACUUUGGCCCAUAUGACGGGCAUCUAUUUGAUGAAAAUGCUCCAGUACAGGCCAAUUUACGAACGAUCAUGUGCAAGAUAGAUCAUAUUUACAUAUUUACGGCCUUUGGCUUUGAAUCGUUCGAGGAUCAGGUCAAACUUCCUCAAGAAGUCCCACCUGUCGGUUUCGGUUUUGAAAGUGCGCGCGAUAUGCACAAUGCUGAUGUUCACGAAGUUUGGCCGACUCUCUCCACCAACAAGCAUGUCGGUCGGCCCCAUUUCGAAGAAUUGAACAUUGACAAAGAAGGCCGGCAAGCCCGCGUCGGUGUAUAG